ACGUCAACGCAAACCGGUUAUAAAAACACAAACGGGUUCAUUUCUAAAGAAUUUUCAUUCCUUUGCUAUUUCGUCCUCAAUACCUUAUAUGGGCUAAAAUUCCAUUAAUUUGCCCAAACUCUAGUAUUCGUUAACAUAUUUCUCAAUGGAGGCAGCGGCGUCUCCGUCCGGUGGAAAGAAGGAUCAGAACUCGCCGGAGGCCAGCGGGGGCAAAGGGUUCAUGCUGUUUGGUGUAAAAGUCAUGGAAGGAUCAUUUAGGAAGAGUGCUAGUAUGAUUAACCUGGUUCAGUAUGAGCAACCCCAUGACUCCAGCAAUGAUGUGGCUGCCGGCUAUGCUUCCGACGAUAUUGUUCACCCUUCCGGCCGGAGUCACGAACGGAAAAGAGGAGUGCCAUGGACUGAGGAGGAACACAGGUUAUUUCUAUUAGGGUUGCAGAAAGUAGGGAAAGGAGAUUGGAGAGGUAUUUCAAGAAAUUUUGUGAAGACACGUACGCCUACACAGGUUGCAAGCCAUGCUCAAAAGUACUUCCUCCGCCGGAAUAACCAUAGCCGUCGGCGCCGGAGAUCUAGUCUCUUUGACAUCACCACUGAUACGGUUUUGAGUUCAAAAAUUGAAGAACAAAAGCAUCAAGAAAAUUCAUACCACCCACCAACCAUUGAACAACAAAAUCUAAGCAAAAAUAAUGAAAAUGUCCCAAUGUCAGCUUUUCUUGUACCAAUCUCAAGAGAAAAUUCAAUGGAGAAUCUCACACUAGUAACGAAAAGUCCAACCAAUCUCAUUUGUCCAAUUCCAAAUCUCCCACCCCCUCCAUCUUCAAAAAUGGCCAAUUUAGACCUAAACAAGAAUACCAUCCCUACAGCUGAGCCUCUCCCUUUAACAUUUAACCUAUCCAUAUCACCACCGCGAGUUCCACCACUGCCGCUGCCACGACCGUCAGGUUUCCAGGCAAUGCAAGCUAGCUUUAGUAGCAGUAGUGGAGAUAGCAUGGUUAGUGUUUCUUGAUAGGAAUAUAUAAUAAUAUUGAUAUCUAUGUUGUAAAGUUGAAGAAAAAAAGAGACACUAAAGUUGGAUGAUUAAUUAGUUAGGUUCGGAUUAUAAUUUAAUAUUUAGAUUAUUGUUGAUUAGGUGGAUUGGUGAUGAUGAUAUCUUAUUGUAGCGGCUAGAAAAGAUUGUGAAAGUUGGCGUCAUUUUCAAGUGUUGGAAUUCAUGUUUGUUUAUGUCUUGUUCUCUUUCUUUGGUGGGAUGAUUAUUGUACCAGUUAUUGUAUUCUAGUCAGACAACCUUAGUCAUUCUCAUUGUGGACAAAAAACAAUAGUAUCAUCCAAAUUAAAUCGAAUCUUUGAUUUUUGUCUUGUGGAA